ACGUCUACGAAAACAUGCCGCGAGAUUACCAGCUUCUCUUCCGAAUUCCCUUUAUCCAGCGAUCCAAAACCAACGUCCCCGGCUCCCCCGCCCUCCGCCUGCUCGCCGGCUCCGGCAUGCGCAAGAUCAACUUCGCGAGCGGCGAGCCCUUCCUCCACCCCGAGGUGCUGGGCGCCAUGGUAAACUACUCCAAGGUCGAGCUGGGCCUAGAAUCGCCGACUGUUGCCGGCAGUACCGGCGGCGUGCCGUUUAAGCUCAACACGAUCCGUCAACAUGCUCAACGCGGCCGAGGAUAUGAACGCGCAAAGCGCGGCGCUGCCACCGUUCCGCUGGGAGCUGAGUGCUUCCAGGUACUGAUCGUGCGGGGGUGGAACGACUCGGCGGCGACGCUGCGCAACGGGCACGAGUUCGCCAUCUCGAACGUGGGCGUUUAA